UUAAACGUUCAAGUAGACUAUGUAAAAAUAAACGAAUAAAUGAUAAAGAGACAAGCCUGGUUUGUACAUUUAAAAGCUCAUAAAUAUUUGGAAUAUAUGGGGAGUAUUUAGUUUAGACGCUGAAGGAAAGGAAAUAAAUCUGGUCAGUUUCUACCACCUUUGUGAAUCUAACGAGAAGAUGAAAAAAUAUUACAUUUCAGGGUUUACUAUCAUAGCAUUCACUGGACUACUUCCUGUGACGUCUGCCUCAAUAUGUAACGACAAUAGAGGUUCGAGUCGCCUUAUCAGCGGUGACAACAGCAACGCAGUGAACAAUUUCCUACAGAUAUUGAGACGAACAAAUACAUUUGAUUUCAUUGGUGAUUAUAUAAGCCAUCAAGGUUGUCGAAGGCAUAUUGGACAAUAUGUUCAUCGGAUCUACAUGGAUGACAGAACUUGGGUCCUUGAUUGUUGGGAACCCACGGAAUGCACUCUCGUAGAAGAAAGGUACCGGGACAGGAAUACUUUGAGACUCAUCCAAAAAUCUAUCUGGCCGUUACAGUCUUUAGUAAGGACUCAAGUAAAUACUGUUCUUUUACCCAUUGACGAGCGGAACACAAUCUCUUAUACGUUUCUGCCGUAUGCUUCGCAAAGAAGUGUAAUGUUUGUAACCUCACUAUUAUCGGGAUGCAGUGUUUUUGUUGCUACACCGGAUAAUAGAAAUUGUAAUAUCAUCGUAAUGCAUGCUAACUAUUUCUGUAAGACGAAUGAACGCGAGGAAGACGACAAUAACCAUAAUCAAGCAACACUUGUGAUAGAGCAAGUACAACAUACGAACCCACACUGCAGAUACCAGAUACAGCGCAGAUGGUCAAGUGAUCACAAACGCUCUAACAUAGAAAGACACAACUAUCAUUACAAGGACAAUAUUGUUUAUUACAGAAUAGAGGCAAUUUAUAAUUUUGUGUAUGGUUACAAUCUAGGUGGUCACGAACGGAACUGGCGCUUCUGUAUUAAGGAGUUGAAUACGAGUCCCCGCCAAGAAAUUUGUAACGACAUUUUAUGAAAACUAAAUAGCAAACUCUGUAGGAAUAGAAUAGUUGUGCUGUAAAAACUCUUAAUUCUUGAAUGAAUUUGAGCAUGAACUAAUAAGUCUAAUAUAUACAGUUUUCAAUUUCAAAUACUGAUGUUAAAUUAAGAGAUGUUAUGUGCGCCGUACAGUUACAAUAAGCUGCCAGUGCUCUUUUUUUUUCCAUUUGCAUUCAGCAACAUAAUUAUUCUCGUGCCGAGAGAUAAAAAGCCGCAGUCAUAUAAGUUUAUAUAAAUUUAAUGUACAUGUGUGCCUGUCUAAAGUGUGAGUUUUAAAUUUAGUUUUUGGCUUUUACUUUAAACCUUGGUACACAAAAUAUAUAUUGGAGUAUCUAUUUAUGCAAACAAGCACAUUUUUCAUGUGCACCAAAGAAAUGUACAUUUACUUAUUUGUUUGUUAUAAAAUUGAUAUUUUAGGGAUCACAAAAUAAAGGUUAGUUUUCGGAUUAUUCAUAAAAAUAAUUUUACAAAUCGUAUCACUCUUUAUUCUUUAUUUAAAAUUGUAUUUCCAUUAAACACGGCCAUUUCUGAUAAUAUAAUAUUAUUCAAAAUACGUAUGUGCGUCAUUAUGAUUGCUUGACUUGAAGUGCGGUAGUUUAGUGUGAGUUGUGUUUGUCACAUCCGGUUACAGCUACCACCGCCGGUUAGCCUGGCUUGCCGGGCGAAGAAGGUGGCCGAG